AUGGCGAGUCGGUGCCUGUCGGAGGAUGAGCUGCGCAGCUGCUCGGAAGCUCUAAACUUCUUCCACGACAGAUUGAGCUCUCCCGAUACGAUCCAUCACGAGUUUCGGACAUUAGAGGAAAAUUGGAAUAAAUGUUCAAACAUUACGAAUAGUUGCAGAGUUGCUCUAGACAAUGUGAAUACGAUAAAGAAUCGUUACAUGGAGCUUGUGCCUUGUAAGCCAAUCUUGUACCAUUUGUUAGCUUCUUUUGCUUCUGAAGGUGUUUCUCGGUUUAUUGCGACACAAGGCCCUCUGCCGCAAACUUCAGAGGACUUUUGGGAAAUGAUUAUUCAAUAUCACUGCCCUGCAAUAGUUAUGCUCACACGAUUAGUGGACGAUGGUCACAUAGUGAAAUGUGGGGACUAUUUCCAUACGGCGAACGGGUCAAGAGAAUUCAGUAACAACAUACAAAUCUCCACCAUUUCGACACAAAAAAUCGAUACCUCACUAAUCUUGAGAUACUUAGAGGUCAAAAACAAAGGGUCAGACGAGCCCCCACGCUCGGUUUUGCACGUUCAGUAUCUCGAUUGGCCCGAAUUUGGAGUGCCGAAGGACACUGCGCGAGUCCGUGAGAUAUUCAAACGAAUAUCAGCAGCUUUCUCGCCAAAUCUUGGCCCGAUUGUCGUUCACUGCAGUGCUGGUGUUGGUCGAACCGGAACAUACUGUGUGAUACACAGCACGAUCGAACGAGUUCUUGUAGGGGAUAUGGCUGCUUUAGAUCUUGAGAAAACCGUGGCGAAAUUUAGGUCUCAACGAGUUCGAAUGGUUCAUACAUUGGAACAAUAUUUGUUCUGCUACAAGGCGAUAGCCGAUGAACUGCAGGACCUCGUAUCCAAAAGCCAUUCUCAUGGUGGUUCGAGUUGA